GGACACUUUAUUCGGUUGCGCACCAUGCCCUUGACUUCCUACGAGAGGUGAUAGCCGAUGAGAAGAAGCGGCGAGCUGGGAGGUCAACAACUGUUUUUGAAAUAAAGUGAAACGGUGUCGCCAUGGGCUUCAUACCCGACGAGGGCAAGUCUCUCCCUCCUCCCGGAAUCGUUAACAGGAACUCGGUGUGGCUGUCUGGCGUGGGCUGGUGCACCGCGAUGCUUCAUAAUGCCAUUAACCACAGGCCGCCGAUAAAAGCAGGUGUCCAUCGACAGUUCCUGUUGGCAACAAUCGGUUGGUUUAUCGGCUACCACAUUACAAAAUAUGAAAAUUACUCAAACGCCAAAAACGAUCGAGAUAUGUACGAGUACAUCAGACUCCACCCAGAGGAGUUUGCACCAAAGGAAAAAAAGACCUUUGCAGAGAUUGUGGAGCCUUUCACCCCUAUUCGCUAAGUGCGGCCAGAGCAAGAGAAAGCGAUUGCAGACUGCAGUUUAUUCUCAAGUGUUCUUUUUGUGAAAACUCUGCCAUAUAUUGUGUGGAAUAUAGUUGUGUAAAUAAAAUGAUAAAAAGUGAAAUCAA